AAAUAAGUACCGUGAGACGAAGCGAUCACAAUCUUGUAUGUACAUUACCUUUCAGCUCACCUAGGCUGUCUUCAAAAAAACACUGAAAUAUAGGAGCACUACUGUACCAGUGUAGAUAGUGAGUGCACUUGGCGCUUAUUGAAUGACCAUCUUCACGGGGGCACCUAUCAGUUUAUAAACGACAUCUGCCCACGACGAGCGCGUAUAUAGGAUUGACAGUAACCACGGUAUAAGCGCAUGUAAGACCGCAUAUUGAGUGCGUCCGCACAUCCCGUCACAGCAUUUGCAGGAAAAAUGUCUGCAAGACGAAAUUCGAUCAACCAGCGACAUGGCUGAGCGGGUUACGGCAUCCGCUCGUUCGUCGUGCUAAAGAGUGGGAGGUGGAGGGUUCGAAUCCUACCACCGGCUGUGCUCUCUGAGGUUUCCCCUCGGUUUUCCGAAAGACUUUCCAGACGAAUGUCGGCACAGUUCCCCUGAAGUCGGCCCAGGACGCAUUCUAAUCAUCCUGUUCCCCACUGCUUCCUGCUGUCCACCUGUCCACGGCUGCACGCCGCUCAAAGCCACAGUUGCUUCGCGGCGCUAACAUGCAAUAAAAAAAAUUAUGUUACAAACGUUUUUAUUCUUCUGCAUACAAAAUCUCUCUCAGCAACGUGGUGUCAUCUACAGUUACCCAGUAAUCGCCGCACUAAUAGUUGCGGAUUAGAUGCGGAUAUCCGUGCGGAUUUCGGAGCAUAUUAUUAUUAUCCGCAAACCAGAAUGUCUCCGCGUACGUAACCCGCCUCUAUCCAUGACUCACCUUUUUAGUUACAAUAUUUUUCACAAUUGUACUAAUUGAUGGUAAUAAUUGCUGAACUUGCAAUAGGUGUGUUAGAACACAAAAACAAAAGCGCUGAAGACGAUCGUAGGUUUAUUAUGGCACGAACUUUCGAGCACUUCCUCAGGUACCUGAGGAACCCGCAGCCUCGUGCACGAAAGCUGGCACCAUAAUGAAUCUACGAUAGUCUUCAGUGCUCUUGAUUUUGUGUUCUUCAACUACGGUCUUGACCGCCCUUCUAUAUCUUAGUGCUUAUGUGUGUGCUAGCAAGACACUCUACAGGUUCAUCGGAAUUUGCCGGGAAAACGAAAGGCACAUAAAUUAGUAUAGUAUCUCUGAACAUGAAGUCAUCUGCACGAUCGAAGGUACAACUGUCAACCACUUCAUGUCUAUGGAUAAUAGUUCAUGUUGCUGGUAAGCUGCGUGCUCAGUACCUGUAUUUCAGUAAUGCUGUCAAAAUGAUACAUUUUUCUAUCCUUCUUACAAAGGAAUCCGACAGACAUCAACUUUACCAUAAACAGGAGGAGCACAGACUUCAAGCAAAGGUGACGCGAACUUUUCCCAGUUGGGCAGUUACCUUCUAUUCACGUAAACUGAGGCUUUUCUUUUUUUAAUGGUUACUGUCACCGGAUUACUGAGUUGCCCUUAUGCUUGUCCACCUAUGUUGAACAAAAUAUCCACAUGGUGACUUGAAAGCAACUUCUGUAGUCAGUGACUCCGCUGCUGAUGCUGCAUCUAUAAUAAUUGCUGUCGACCCGCAAUGGCAUCAUUGGCUGGACGUGACAGUGGAAUUGUAUGUAUGAUAUGUUAUCUGUGGAUACUUGGAAGGUUUGUACAGACUCUGUAAUACAGAUAAAUAUCUAUAUAUUUUUCCAGUGUAAUAUUUUGCAGCUUCUCGCAGAACGAUUCGUCAACAAUUAAACAAAAUGUUAUACAUAAUACCCUUAUCUAAUCUUGCUGGCUGUACUCAUACUCUGGAAUGGUUACGGCUGCCGUAGUCGUCGCAAUGGCUACUGUCAUUUGUCCCCGCUGCGUCCGCGUGGUUUCCGCAAAGGCGACCCAGGUGGACUCAGUAGGUUCCAAAAUAAACUCUUGAAAACCCGUUGAAUCCGUCCCAAAGGCAGGAAGGUCGGUCGUCGUAUCUGUCGUGCGUAUCGGAAAAUUCAGGUGGAUCGCUUUGUCUUCGGGUCGCAGGUAUAGCAUGGCAGAGAUCCAUAAGAUGAUGAUAACAAGAACGGUAGCGCAAGCACCCAACACAUAGGUCUUCUCAACGCUCAAAUCAGACUCCACAUCAUACCUGGAGCGUUGCCAGGUGUCCAUACGACUCAUAUCGAUCUGAGCCACUCGGGCCACUUGGACAUCACCCAUUUUAACGAUGUGACGUUGUGGCUUUUUUGUGCAAGACCUCAGUAUUGCGAUGGUUUCUCCGAUUCCAAUUACCCUCACAGACUAACGGCCACGGACUUGAUCUGCGCCCUCUGCCGCCUGUUCCUGCUGCGAAAGGAUCUAGGCGUACCUGAACCUGAACCCCCUAUCUUGCACCGAUCGUUCUAAUGCGGUAUCUGACGCUUUGUUUAAAGACAGAAAAACAGCAACCCUGCCUGUCUUCUGGUCAGCUGAACGAGGUUGAUGCGAACGCUAUACGGUCAUAGCCGUCAUAGGAGGCUUCUACUUCUUCUUCUGCUUUACAUGGGUGGUGCAUUGCCCAAGGGCAGCUGUCAAGGGCUCUGGCUAGGUAUGGCGCACUUCUUCUUUCAUCUCUAGCUCACCACGUCUUGUGUGUUCAAGCUCGCGGCAUUCGUGUGCUUCUGCGUCUUUGUGUCUCUGUGGUGUCUUCUAUUGGACACAUGAAUGGACAUAGCUUCCUGAAAAACGGCGUUCUGUGUUCGAUGGUCUUCGUACGGGCCGACUAGUACCGGUAGUGAUCGACGACGAACCGCAGGUUUCAUGCGUUUCAUGUCACCCUGGGUUAUGUCAAGGGAUGUACAAGAGAAUUUUGUUGUUUGUGGUGCUCGUUAGGCCAGCAACAAGCGACGGGUAUUUGACCAUAACGGUGCUGCACAACAGUGACAUAUAUUCACAUUUUCCGGAGUCAUAUCGUCAUGGUCACCAAUGUAGAUUGGAAAGAAUGGAACUCUGCGCAGGAGGAGUCGCCAGACAGACAUACAUUGUGCGCAAAUUAAGGAAGGAAAACCCAAACGCUCUCUUCCUGAACGCCGGCAAUACUUUUGGGGAGUAUGAAUGGUACACUGUGAACCGGUAUAAGCCUGCUGCUGACUUCUUGGAUAUCACGCGUCCAGACGCAAUGACACUAGGCAGGUAUGAAUUCACUGACGGAGUUGAAGGCCUAUUACCGCUCCUGCAACGACUGCACGGAAAGGUGCCAAUAGUUGUCAGCAACAUGGAUUUCAGCGAAUCUCCCGAACUGGCACACCUGCGAGUCAGAAAAUCAUAUGUGCUCAACAUUGGUGGAACACAAGUCGGGAUCGUUGGAGCUAUUGAUGCUCGAACGAAAGCCACUUCGCGCGAUGGAGAGACUAUUGAAAUCGAGAACGAUAUCAUGUGCAUCCAGAGGGAAGCCGGAAGGCUUCGUGAUGCUGGCAUUCGCAUAAUUAUAGCGAUUACCAGCGUGGGCUACGAGAGAGACAAGAUGAUUGCGGCAAUAGUUACUGACGUCACCAUCGUUGUAGGGAGAGCAUCCGUUUCUGCUCAUCACUCAGAUCUGGCCUUAACGGCGGAAGGUGACAUUUUUCCUGCAUUGCCGUACCCUACAAUUAUAACCCGCACGGAUAAUACAAAGGCGCUGGUUGUCCAUUCCCAUGGGUUGAAAUAUAUGGGUUACAUCAACAUCACCUACGACGACACGGGGCGAGUAGUUGAUGCAUAUGGUCAAACCAUACUGCUCGACCAGUCUAUUCCUAAAGAUCAUGAGAUGCUACAAGCACUGGGAAAAUACCAGGACAAUAUCACCGCAGCCGGCGAAAAGGUCGUGGGCACUACCAGGGUACCACUCACCGCUGACAGCAGUUGCCUCUGGAAGGAGUGCCUCGUGGGCAACUUACUAGCGGAUGCCUACUUUGAUUUCCACGCAAAUAGGCCCACUCCUUCCUCUCUGAUGUGGUCCAACGUUCACGGUGCCAUAGUGAACACAGGAACUCUCCGUCGUCAUGUGACGCUGAACAGUACCAUCUCUCAUUAUGACGUAUUACGAUUACUGCCCUUUUGGGACAAGUUAGUUGUGGUUACUAUAUCAGGCGCUGACAUACGAAAGAUAUUUGAAACAUCUGUGAAGGACUAUAACCCUGCUGGUGGCGGCGGGUCGUUUCUUCAAGUAGCAGGAUUUGUUGUCUCAUACGAUGUGACACGGCCAGUUGGCCAACGUGUACUCAGUAUACAAGCUCUCUGCAACAAUUGCUUAGUACCACAGUAUGUACCCUUAAACAGCCGUCACCACUACAAUGUAGUUACCAACACUUUUAUGUAUGACGGCGGCGACGGGUUUGACUUCGAAAACGCCAUCGCAGUGGAGCAAUCCGAUAUCGGCGGAGUAGAGGCAUUUGAAGCUUACAUUACGAAGAUGUCUCCGGUAGUUCCCAUUGUGGUCGGACGCAGCGUUGUCAUCACUCGGAAUCCGCUUGCUAAAGCCAUGACUCCACAGACCGCUAAUGCUCAAGAGCCACUCUCUAGGUUGUUUCUUGUGGUGAUCAUUUGGCUUCUCAACAUCAUGCAUGCGUGUCUAUGUAGAUGAACCUGUGAUAUUAAGUGUAUGUUCUAGUAGAAGCCCGUGCGUAUGCCAACUCUCUCUCAAACAUGGUGCACGCAGCAUCAGUCAAACAUGGAAAAAUAAAUAUAACUGUG